ACUUGAUCGCGUCAAUAAAGCAAUGUGACAACAUCCGGAAGUAGCGUACGUCAUUGCCAACAGAUUAGUAUUUCCAUCGCAUAUUCGCUGCUGAGUAAAUCGUCGGUUUUAGCGACGUAAUUAUUGUAAAUAAGUGUGAAAUAUUGUGAUAAACUUCUUUUAGACUUAGUUAAUCUAGUUCAAUUUUAAUAAAUUCAAAAUGUUUAUCUUGGAUUGGUUUACUGGUGUCCUUGGGUUCCUGGGUCUUUGGAAAAAAUCAGGCAAACUGUUGUUCCUGGGCCUGGACAAUGCCGGCAAAACCACACUCCUGCACAUGCUGAAGGAUGACAGACUGGCCCAACAUGUGCCCACAUUGCAUCCCACAUCGGAGGAGCUAUCGAUAGGUAGUAUGCGCUUCACGACGUUCGACCUGGGCGGGCAUCAGCAGGCGCGGCGCGUGUGGCGCGACUACUUCCCCGCCGUGGACGCGAUCGUGUUCCUGGUGGACGCGUGCGACCGCCCGCGCCUUCACGAGUCCAAGGAGGAGCUGGACUCGCUGCUGACCGACGAGACGCUCAGCAACUGUCCCGUGCUCAUCCUCGGCAACAAGAUCGACAAACCGAACGCUGCCAGCGAGGACGAGCUGCGCCAGUUCUUCAACCUGUACCAACAGACUACCGGAAAGGGCAAGGUCUCGCGGUCGGAGCUGCCCGGGCGGCCGCUGGAGCUGUUCAUGUGCUCGGUGCUGAAGCGCCAGGGCUACGGCGAGGGGUUCCGCUGGCUGGCGCAGUACAUCGACUGAGCCGCUCGCGUCGCCUCCGCCCCCUCCGCCCCGCAACACGGCUCGCUUCUACUCGUCCGCUUCCCGUAACAUAGCUACCUAUCACCGCGGCCCGGCUCGACAACACGAAACAUAUUUUGGCUAAUUCAUUACUUUUAUAAUUUAAUUAAUACAUAAACAGAACUUCUAACAAUGUUUGCCUCUCACCCACGAGGUGAUAAAAGCAAUAAAAUAAUUUAUGUAAGUAAUAAAUACACUCCCAAGCAAUACAUUGCUCAAGUGACUUGCAGUGUUAAUUAACGGAUACUUUUAACAAGUGGAUGACAUAGAAUGUGAUAAGGUAUAGGAUUUGCGAGCUGUAAGUGAUAAGUAGCUGUGUUUGCAUCUUGUAAUCGAAAUGUGUCAGUUUGUGAGCAGCUGAAUGCGUGACGUUCAUCAUUGAGUUCGCUUUCAAUGUCGCUCUCAGUAUUUCACUAUUUUCUUUUCAAAUGACGCCAUCUGUCAUAAAUUACAUGUUACGUAGUAGAUAAUAUCUUCCUAAAGUGUCUUAGUGUUAAUUUUACGACAUACGGAAGCAAUUUUUCGUCAUUGUGGGCGUAGCAUGUACGACGUGAGCAUGCCUCGCUUACUAGUAAUGCAAGAACUUAAAUCUCCUAUUGAAAUCACUCAUUACAAUGCAUUGUUUAUUCAUAUUUAUUUUAUAUUUUUACUGAAUAAAUUUUUCAAUGCUCAUACCUCAUGUUUCUUUCCAUCAACUGUGUCGGGUUUUGCAGUUAUAUAUAAUCUUACAUAGUUUGUAUUCACUUGUAGGUGUAUAUAUAAAAUCGAAUAGAGGUGAGCUGGCUGAAUUUUGCUUUAUAUAUCUCUGCUCAUGUGAUUGCCUUCAAUGAGUACUUAUAAAAUAUGACAUAAAUAGUACAAAAGUUUUAAACAUUCUUGAUGGCUGGGCGAGAGCCAAGCAUUACUAGUUAGCGAGAUAAUAUAUUACUACGUCUUAAAAAUAUCUCAGCCAUGUUAGCUGUAAAUUGUCUGGCUGUAAUACUGUAUCGCUAAAGAGUUUAAGCAAAAGAUUUCCGUGAAUCUGUUAGGUUUGUGAAACCAAUUUAUUAAGGUAAUGGUGCAAGGCUAAUGAUCAUUUUGUGUACUAGCAAUAUCAUUGUCAUCGGCAAUGUGAUUUGUGGGUAAAGACCACAUUCAGCAUGUUCAAAAGCUUUUGUCUCGGGGUUCUGUGUCGAGUUAGUCGGGUUUUCGGCAAACCGCCGCUGUCUCAUAUAAAUCAAAUACAUAAUGUAUGUCAUUUACAAAUAUAAAUUGUCUAAUAACAGACGUAAUAUAUUUGCACUUAUCUUGGGAACAAUGGAAACUACGCACACAUGUAUAUUGUACAGUACGGACCGCCAUCGAACGGAAAAUUUCAAUUAAUUCACAUAUAAGACGAAAUUUCUCUUUAACUAUGGGUCAAUAAUUUCUCGCUACGAUUUCUUGAUUAAUGUUAUAGUAAUUCCUUUGUUUUACAGCAAAUGUGUUACAUCUGUUAUUUUAAUAUGUAAAAAUAUAAUUGAAUUUUAUUCGAAAUCUUAAUAUUUAUUUUCUUUAUCUCAUUCCAACUUUGAGUGAUAGAUUUGAUUCGGCUAUAUGUUCAGGUAGCACUCAUUGUGUUGUACGUGUUUAAUUUCGUCAAAUGUUAUAUUUUUGUAAAUUAUUUCAAUCAUUUUUAUUCGGAUUGUUUGUAAACAUUGUAAAGUAGGAAACGGCUGGUCGGAAGAGGUCAAUGGGGUUUAAAACUUUAAUGAUAUUGAAAAUCGUAUAUAGAAUAUUUUCCUUGCAAUAAAUUAACUAUUCAAACGAGUUGUAUUAUUUAGUUGUGUCGCCGGGUAACAGGUAAGGUGUAAGCUAUGUGACUGGGCCGGGCUGCUUCGCCGGACGAGCCGUUUCCAUUGGUUUGUUGCGAUCAACUUUGCUGGAUCUUCCAGCGUUAUUUAAAGAAUGUUGGUAUAUUAUUUGCAGUUUAAGUCCAAAACCAGUUUGUAAUAAAAUUUGUAUGAAAUAA